UACCCGGACAUCGCGAUAAUGGUGUCGAGGACGCGUUUCGGAGAGAACGCGCGCGUUCCCAUUAUCCCAACUUAUGGUUGCGUCCUGCGUAAUGUAACUUUGCCACCGACAUAAUAAAGGGGCAGUUUUCACACCAAGGAUCAGUGUGUAUAUUUUAUACCAGGAGUCUCGUUAAAAAGCACGGGAAUCUUUUACCCAGACGAAUCUCAAUGAUGCCUGAAGUGCCGUCGGUGUAUAUUGGGAUGGAGGUGCUCAUCGCCCUUUCCUCUGUCAUUGGAAAUGUGAUGGUGGUCUGGGCUGUGAGGAUUAACCGAUCUCUACGGGACACGACCAUCUAUUUUAUCGUCAGUCUGGCUUUGGCAGACAUUGCCGUCGGGGCUCUGGUUAUCCCUCUGGCUAUCACUAUAAGCAUCGGACUGAGGACUCAUUUCUACAGCUGUUUGUUCGUGGCGUGCACGGUGCUCGUCCUAACGCAAAGUUCAAUACUCGCGCUUCUGGCUAUUGCUAUCGACCGCUAUCUGAGGGUCAAGAUACCGAUGAGCUAUAAAAGAGUGGUGACGCCGAGGCGUGCAGGCACCGCAGUGGUGUUAUGUUGGAUGGUAGCCAUCGUAGUCGGCCUUACGCCCAUGUUGGGCUGGAACAACCUCGAGAAGCUUCGGCAGGGCAACGAGACUCCGGGUCCUGACCUUCUCAUAACCUGCCGGUUUGAGAACGUCAUCAGUAUGGACUACAUGGUCUAUUUCAACUUCUUCGGCUGGGUGCUGCCACCCCUGUUCGUGAUGUUGCUCAUCUACGCCGAGAUCUUCUACAUGAUCCACAUGCAGCUCAAUAAGAAGGUCACCGCCAACCAGACUGACCCAACUCGAUAUUAUGGAAAAGAACUGAAGCUGGCCAAAUCUCUUGCGCUUGUGCUUUUCCUGUUCGCCGUGAGCUGGUUGCCGCUGCACAUCCUAAACUGCAUCACUCUCUUCUGUUCUACCUGUACAAAAUCUGAAUAUCUCCUCUAUACUGCUAUUCUGCUCAGUCACGGCAACUCCGCCGUCAAUCCCAUCAUUUACGCCUUCCGGAUUACGAAGUUCCGGAAUGCUUUUGUUAAGAUCUGGAAACAGUACGUUUGCUGUACGCGUGUCACGCAUUUUGCCAAUCGGCCGAACCUGCGCAGAGAUAGCAAAGAAAAGAGACUGAGGCACAAUGACAUCUGAUGCUAACAGGGUGAAAACUUUUUAAAACACUUUAUUUUAGAUAAACUUUUUAAGGGAAGACGGAUAAACGUGCUGUUGGCCGUCAGAAGAUGUUUGUCACAGAAAUGUAAAAGGAUCAAAUGUAAAGUGCUUGAAGAAUACAUUUACUCAGUCAAUGGUGUAUCGACCAUAAUGCACCAUCAUUGAAGGACCAUUAAAUAAAUGAAAACACUGCCUUGGAAAGGCACACAGCCACACUGUUCAUCUGGCAUUUUGAUGUGUGGAAAAAUAUUUAUCGAUAUUUAACACUGUGCCAUGACUCACAUUCUUAAGCCGCCAUCAUAUAGAGGCUUCAUUUAUCAAAGUGCUAAGAUAAACUGAAAGUGGCUUUCGGUAACACCAACCAACUCAACCGCACUUUUUUUGCUUGAAAAGAGACAAGAAGAUUGUGAAAUGGGGAAAUGGUUUUGGGGUGAGAGACUCCUUUGAGAGGAAUGAGAUAAGACCGACUUGUUGGUCCUGUGUAUGUCAUUUGUUGAGUUUCACGACAAACGCAAUUUGUCAAAUUGUCAGACAGGCAGCUAUGCCCACUUUGUCUUAACAGUCUGGCAUGAGAAACAUGACAGAGAUGCUUUCUUAUGUUUGAAAUUUUUCUUUUCUUGUAUAAAACGAAUAGUUCCAGUGAUGUUAUGCUCAUCUCUACUGCAUUAUAGUCGUAACAAUAACCACUGGAAGGCAAAUGAAAAACAUGAAGAAUGUUUUCGUAUUUGUUUUUGUCUGAAUGGUUUGGCCUAACAAAUGAGGUAAAAGUUGUUGAAGGGAUACUCCACUUUUUUUUAAAUAUGCUCAUUUUCCAGGUCCCCUAGAGUUAAACAUUUGAUUUUUAUUGUUUUGAAAUCCAUUCAGCUGGGGCCUCAUUUAUAAAGCGUGCGUACGCACAGAUUUGAUCGUAAAGUGUGCGUAGGCAAAAAUCCACGGCAAAGUCCAUAUUUAUAAAAACUGUCUUUAACGUGGAAAAGUGCUUAGCGCCACGUCAGGGUCUGAGCAGACGUACGCAUUUUUGCUUGUCUGAUUGCUGCAGGUUUUUGGAAAUAUAAGCCAUUCUUUCUGUUUGAAAUUGGGUUUAAACAUUGAUAAGCGCACUUUUAUAUGUCUGACAUUAAUUACGCAUCGUUUAGAAGCGGAGAUCUGAAACUGCUCGGCUGCGUGCACAAGUUCAAGUUCAGUUGCGAUUUAUAGAUUUGAAAGGGGUACGCGCGUUUUCUGCGCGUACGUUCGGUUUAUGAAUCACACGUACGCAUUUUUGUGAAAAGAUCGUAAGAUCAAAUGUAGGAUGGUUUUUACGCAGCAUUUUAUAAAUGAGGCCCCUGAUCCCUGGGUUUGGCGCUACACUUUUAGCAUAGCUUAACACAAUCAAUUGAAUCGGAUUAGACCAUUAGCAUCACACUCAAAAAUAACCAAAGAGUUUCAAUAUUUUUCCUAUUAAAAACUUUAAUCUUCUGUUACAUUGUGUACUAAGACUGACGGUAAAUUAAAAGUUACGAUUUUCUAGGCAGAUGUGGCUAAAAUAUCGAAACUCUUUGGUUAUUUUUGAGCACAAUGCUAAUGGUCUAAUCAGAUUCAAUAGAUUAUGCUAAGCAGUGCUUUAAGUGGCCCAAAAGAAGUGCCGGUACUCUAUAUAUAUAUGUUUUUUUUUGUUUUGUUUUUUUGUUCCGGUACGCUAAAAGCACGUUCUGGGCGCACGGAGAGGUGGUGGUACGCUCAAGAGCUAUUUUUAGAAGUGGCGGUACUGAGUACCGGGGCGUUCCGGCCCACUUAAAGCACUGAUGCUAAGCUAUACUAAAAGUGAUACCACCAGACCCGGAGAUCAGCUGAAUGGAUUCCAAAACUGUAAAAAUCUCAUAUUUAACUCUAGGGGAACUUGAAAACGAGCUAUUUUUAAAAGUUGAGUGUGCCUUUAAACAGUCAACAGGAAGGAAACACCAAUAAAUUUAGAUUGACUGAUACAUCUGCAGGUCUGAUGUGUUUUUCAGAGGACUGUCACAUCUGCAUAGCUCACAUUCAGGCCUCUCUUUGAAUUGUGAUAUAGGAAGACAUUCAAAGUUUCAUUAAAAUUGCGCAAUUACAUCUAACAGCUUGAUUGUGAAUCACCCCGUUUCGAAUUGCUGACUGCAUCGUCAUCUCGACUCAUUGUCCUUGGAGAAAGUGGUAGCGCUUAAUGUGUGCCCUGAACAAAGUUGUUUUAAUCUAUUAAAUGGCUUGACCUUUGCAGAGUAGCAAGGACUAGUCAGUCUUCAACAUUUAGACCAAAUCAUUCUUGAAAAGAAAAAGGAUGUCUUGUGUGGCACUUCCUGUUAAAUGACCUUUCGUAAACUUCCUGUAUAGGUCUUAAAGAAGAGAUCAAAGCGAAUAAGACCUGCACAUUUCCGUA